UUACUAAUUAGAGGAAGCUCAAAGACACCAAGGCAAAGAACACUUUUCUCAGCCCGCAGUCGAAGGCACUUCUGGUUUUCCCACUGUUCUCUUUCAUUCCUAAAUCCCCCUUUUCCCACUUUCCCUCACUUUCUCGCUUCCACAUCUCCGCCGCUGACCGCCGCCCAUCCACCGAUUUGACCCACAGAGAGAGAAGAGAGAGCGAGAGGGGCAGCGGAGAGAGACACCAUGAGGCCACCAAAGAGGCCGAUCCACACCGUGUCGUUAUGGGUACGGAAACAGCCGCCGAAGGUGAAGGCUUUCCUCGCGGUGGUGACGGGCAUGGCGGCGCUGGUGUUGCUCCGAUUCAUUGUGCACGAUCACGAUAACCUCUUUGUUGCCGCCGAAGCUGUUCACUCCGCUGGAAUCUGUGUCCUCAUCUAUAAGCUCACCAAGGAAAAAACUUGCGCUGGACUCUCACUUAAAUCGCAGGAACUUACGGCUAUAUUUUUAGCUGUUAGACUGUACUGCAGCUUUGUCAUGGAAUAUGAUAUACACACUUUGCUUGAUUUAUCGACAUUGGCUACAACCCUCUGGGUUAUUUAUAUGAUCCGUUUUAAUUUAAAGUCAAGCUACAUGGAGGACAAAGACAAUUUUGCACUGUAUUAUGUGGCGGUGCCAUGUGCUGUGUUGGCUUUGUUAAUUCAUCCAUCUACGUCACAUCAUUUUAUCAACAGGAUUUUUUGGGCAUUCUGUGUAUAUCUGGAAGCUGUUUCUGUAUUACCCCAAUUGCGUGUCAUGCAAAACACAAAGAUUGUUGAACCAUUCACGGCUCAUUAUGUAUUCGCAUUGGGCAUUGCAAGGUUCCUGAGCUGUGCACAUUGGGUUCUACAGGUUUUGGACAGUCGUGGCCAUCUGCUGACAGCUCUGGGUUAUGGAUUAUGGCCUUCAAUGGUUCUUAUCUCGGAAAUUGUUCAAACUUUCAUACUAGCUGAUUUCUGUUACUACUAUGUGAAAAGUGUUUUCGGAGGACAGCUUGUUCUACGCCUUCCUUCUGGGGUUGUGUAACUGAAGAUUGUACAAGCAAUGCUGGCAUUGGAAGGAAACUUUAAGUGUAACGCGCACUCUUCAUUUUGUUACUCUCUCUUUAUACUGUUCAUGUUAAUAGGUCUAGGUGGUCUGGUCCAUCCGUGACUGAAAUCAAGUGGACUUUGUAAAUUUUGCAAUGGACAUGGAGGGAACUUUGAUGACGGGAUAACGAAAAAAAAAAAAGAGCUUGGUUGCACCAGAAAUCAGAUUAAUUUUUUUGUGUCAACACUAAUAUAUGGUGGCUUUUAUAUAAUGGAGUUUAAGUUAUUUUUGGCUUCA